UAGUCUUCUCCAAAAAAACAAACCCGUUCUUUCUUUCUUAUUCUUCUCCAAAUAAUCAAGAUAUUUUCCACAUAUCUUUCUUAAAAUUUUAUAAUGGCAUCUUCUUCUUCUACUAAUUUCGAUGAUGAAAUGGAUGAAAAAGCCGAUCAAAUUUUCGAUCAAGAAUUCCAAAAUCUCUUCAUUCAUCAUGAAAAUCGCCAAGAAGCAUCAAGGUCAAAAAAGAAACGAGCCUACAUUGAAAGACAACGAGAACAAGGACACAUGCAAUUAUGGAACGAUUAUUUUAGUGAAGAUGCAACAUAUCCUUCUCACCUGUUUCGACGCCGGUUUCGAAUGAACAAGCCCUUGUUCAUGCGUAUUGUUGAUCGACUCUCCGCUGAAAUCCCUUACUUUCAACAAAGAAGAGAUGCUACUGGAAGGUUCGGUCACUCUCCGUUACAAAAGGCAACGGCAGCAAUUCGUAUGAUGGCAUAUGGUUGCCCAGCUGAUGCGGUCGACGAAUACCUCCGACUUGGUGAGACCACCGCGCUUUUAUGCUUGGAAAAUUUUGUUGAAGGAAUCAUAAAUUUAUUUGGAGAUGAGUAUCUAAGAAGACCCACGCCAGAAGAUCUUCAACGACUACUCGAUAUAGGAGAGAUACGCGGAUUUCCCGGGAUGAUAGGAAGCAUUGAUUGUAUGCAUUGGGAGUGGAAGAAUUGUCCGACUGCAUGGAAAGGGCAAUAUACACGUGGAUCAGGAAAGCCAACCAUUGUUUUAGAGGCUGUAGCUUCACAAGAUCUUUGGAUAUGGCAUGCAUUUUUCGGACCUCCAGGUACUUUAAACGAUAUUAAUGUUCUUGAUCGAUCACCGGUUUUUGAUGAUAUAUUACAAGGCCGAGCUCCAAAAGUGAAUUACAUUGUCAACGGACACGAGUACCAUUUGGCUUACUAUCUCACGGAUGGUAUUUAUCCAAAAUGGGCUACUUUUGUCCAAUCAAUUCCACUUCCUCAAGGUCCGAAAGCAUCCUUAUUCGCUACACAUCAAGAAGCUGUACGUAAAGAUGUCGAGCGUGCUUUUGGGGUCUUGCAAGCUCGAUUUGCUAUAGUCAAAAAUCCAGCUCUUUUGUGGGAUAAAAUAAAAAUUGGCAAGAUCAUGAGAGCAUGUAUCAUUCUACAUAAUAUGAUUGUAGAAGACGAACGAGAUGGGUACACUCAGUUUGAUGUAUCAGUUUUCGCACCACCGGAAUCAAACCGAAGUUCCCAAGUGGAUUUCAUGUAUUUUACAGAUAUGCCUUCAAAUCUCGGAAAUAUGAUGAGCAUUCGGAAUCGAAACCCCUAA